CCCUGUGUCUGUCUUUCCCAGGAGGAGCACCGCCACAUGAAGACCAUAGAUGAGAUCAUGUCCCAGCUGCAGGACCUGAAGAACCAGCACCUCACCAAGAAGUCAGAGGUCAACGACAAGAACCACCAGAUGGAGGAGAUACGUAAGAAACUAGGAGGAGCCAACAAGGAGCUGACCCAGCUGCAGAAAGAGGUGACGGCCAUCGAGACCAAGCUGGAGCAGAAACGCAGCGACCGCCACAACCUGCUGCAGGCCUGUAAGAUGCAGGACAUCAGACUGCCGCUACGCUCUGGGACCAUGGACGACAUCGGCCAGGGAGAGGGGAGCUCUCAGCAGGAGGAGUCUAUUUAUUUGUAUUUAACUAGUACUGUCCUGGCUAAAGAGGCUCUCAUAGAGAGAGACUACAGCAACCUGUCUGAAAACCUCAAGGACGCGCUGGCGGAGGAUGAGAUCAAAGCAGAGAUGCACACACUGCAGCAGCGUCUCAAUGAGCAGCAGUCUAUACUGCAGAGGAUCAGCGCACCCAACAUGAAGACCAUGGAGAAACUAGAGUCUGUCAGGGACAAGUUCCAGGAGACCAGCGAUGAGUUUGAGGCGGCCCGUAAGAGAGCCAAGAAAGCCAAGCAGGCGUUUGAGCAGAUCAAGAAGGAGAGGUUUGACCGCUUUAACGCCUGUUUUGAGGCUGUAUCCACCAACAUUGAUGAGAUCUACAAAGCCCUGUCACGCAACAGCUCUGCCCAGGCCUUCCUUGGGCCAGAGAACCCUGAGGAGCCUUACCUGGAUGGGAUCAACUAUAACUGUGUUGCCCCUGGAAAGAGGUUCAGACCCAUGGACAACCUGUCUGGAGGGGAGAAGACUGUAGCCGCCCUGGCUCUGCUGUUUGCCAUACACAGCUACAAGCCUGCCCCAUUCUUCGUCCUGGAUGAGAUUGAUGCUGCUCUGGACAACACCAACAUCGGCAAGGUGGCCAACUACAUUAAGGACCAGUCAGUGAAUACUCAGGCUAUAGUGAUCUCUCUGAAGGAAGAGUUCUACACCAAGGCUGACUCGCUCAUAGGGGUCUAUCCAGAACAAGGAGAUUGCGUCAUCAGCAAAGUACUAACCUUUGACCUGUCUGUGUACCAUGACGCCAACCCCAAUGAGUAG